AUGGCCUUUGAGGAAGCGAUCAUCAUCGAUGAUGAUGAUAGCAGUGUGACUCUUGCAGCCGAGGAUGAGCUGCACCCUCUUACUGAAAAUACCUUUGGACCAGAGGACUUUAUGACAGAUGAUGAUUUUGAAUCCUACAUUACAGGACUGUCUGUCAAUGUUACCAACACGGCCCCCUUACUUUCUCCACCCCCAACGCCACGCUCCAGCAGACGACUCAUUUUCGAGACUUCGAUUGGCAAAACGGCAUACAAACUAGGAAAGUCAGUUGAGUUAUUUGAUGGCACCUUUUUACGCAUUCAAGAAUUGCUAUGUGACGAGAGGGAAGAUGUGUUCCUGCGCGGCCCCCGAUUUCAACGUUUAGAGCAUAUGGACAGCCUUGUUCCUGAUAGAACGAACGAACUGUGUUGGGUGAUUGACAUGAAGCUAGAAAAUGAAUAUGAUAAUGUCGAAGAAGUGCCAAUAACCAAUGUUAAGGGCCUAAGGAUUAUUCGUCUAACAAACCAACCAUACCCUGGAUUGGAGGCCAGCGGGGGUCUUUUUCGCAAUGUUGAAGAGUAUCGGCAAGAAGGACCUCUUUUUUGCCGGUUUAAGUAUGUGCGAGUUUGGAAUAGGUCAGAUACGCGCAAACCUCGUGUUGUGGAGGAGGCGAUGGUAUUUUUGCAAGGAGAGGAAUGUGACUCCGGCUUUAGGGUCGAGUCGACUGCUCUUCGCGAAUCUUGGAGAGGCCCAACGUCGUUAGGCGGGAGCUACACAUCGCCUUUCAUAGACCUUACGGGAAGCAAUGAAUGCAGGCUGCAAUAUACAUUUGGAGACGGGUUUUGUGGUGCUGGAGGUGUUUCUCGUGGAGCACUACAGGCAGGAUUACAUGUACGAUGGGGCUUUGACAAAUGUCCAAAAGCCAUGGAUACUUACCGACUUAAUUUCAGAACGGCGAUCGGGGAAACAUGCGAAGUAGUUCAUUUCCUCACAAAUGACAUCAAAGACAUUAUGGUUGAUGUCUUGCACUUUUCACCGCCUUGCCAAACGUUUUCCUCGGCGAAGACAGUUGCUGCAGCUUCAGACAAUGCCAACGAGGCAUGCAUCUUCUCUGCCAGAGAGCUACUAUUAAGAGUCAAGCCGAGAAUAGCAACCAUGGAAGAAACUUCAGGCCUCCAAGAGCGCCACAAAGAAUUUCUAUAUGCAAUAAUCCAUACGUUUGUCGAACUUGGCUACUCUAUACGAUGGAAGCUUCUUGCCUGUGAGGCGUAUGGCGUCCCACAGCAGCGCAAAAGACUUGUGUUAAUUGGAGCCGGGCCAGGCGAAUCUCUCCCUCGGUUUCCGAGACCCACACAUGGCCCUCCAGGCUCUGGUCUCCAGCCUUUCCGCACCAUUCGAGAUGCUAUUGGCGGCAUCUCCGAAAACGCCCCUGACCAUGAUCCGGAGCGCGCAUUCUUCCGCAACAUCACCAAGCCAGCAUACUCCCCUUAUUCUUUUGCAAAGACUAUUACCUGCAAUGGUGGCGAUAAUUUCCACCCGAGCGGCACGAGAGCGUAUACCCACCGGGAGGCGGCGUGUCUUCAGACAUUUCCUAUGGAUCACCGAUUCUGUGGGGUUGGAACGUUGAAACAAAUUGGGAAUGCGGUGCCUCCAAUGUUAGCGAAGGCAAUGUUUGAAGAGAUCAUUAAAGAGCUGGAAAGCAGCGAUCGAGCGUCUCGGUGA